AUGCCACCGAAAAAGUUACCGCCGAAGGCAUCUCAGAAAGCGCCGACAAAGCCCCCGAGUCAAAAUGCAAAUGUCAAACCCAAGAGUGAGAAAGCACCACCCCCUACUAGCAGUCAACCAGCGAUCCCUGAGCACGAAAUAAAACAAAACUCGUCAAUGAGCGCUCAGCUAGCACUCGAAGCAGCAAAGAAAGCCUACGAGUUACGCCAAGCAGCAUAUGGUGCUGGUGACCCUAAUGCUCGUGAAGAAAUCCUGGCCAAAGCCAUCAACAAAGAAAUUGAGGCUGAAUCAUUCGGUAAGGCUGCAAAAUAUACUCGGUCGGGUGCUUUCCAGGGACUCGCGGCUGGUGCAGGGCUGGGUGUCCAACCAGGUGCUACUCUCGGAAAGAUAACCGGGGCACUGGUUGGUGGCGUGGUGUCUUCUUUGGGUGCUGUGCUAGGUGGUGGGAUUGGUUCUGCCUAUGGCGCCAUGAGUGGCCCAUUUUGGGAUCUGGGUGAGAUGGCAAGCCAUGGUGUGAGAAGUAUCGUGGGCGACUUUCCAAACUGGGAAGCUACGUCCGCCCAGAAGAAGGCAUUUGAGAAGAUGGUAAUGGGGGCUCAGCAAACAAAGGCACCAGAUCAAGAGGAGCUGGAGCAGAUGAGAGAUGAUGAUGGAGGAGGCACUCAGGAGGACUAUCAACAGUUCGCAAGAGAUCUGACGAGCUGGCUACCUUCUAUACCCUCGAUGCCAUCGAUGCCUAGCAUGCCAUCGAUGCCCUCGAUCCCCGGAUUCGGAGGGCAAUCUAAGCAAGGCAACCCAACAUUGGCCCCAAAGAAGGCAAGUACGACUGCAUCAUCCAACCACAGCCAGCAAACAAAGGCACCAACGACGCAAAAAGCACCUCCCAAACCUCAACCUACCACCGCGAAACCUCCUUCCCAGGCUUCCAGUCCAAAACCGGCCCAGGAGGCGGAGGGGAAUGUGGUAAAGAAGAAGCCUCCAAAAUUGGAACCAAGGUCAAAACCGUCGACUCCACCGUCUGGCAACCCUCCUGCCCGGAAGCCUCCGCCAAAAUUAGAAUCCCGAACCAAACCCACAACGGCAAAGGCGUGA